UGAUGUCUCAGCUCCAUGAAUGGGGAAGUGCAGCUCCUGAAUAUAAAGCAGCCAGACGUGAUUCCCCGGGAGGGGUGACGGAGCCCCCUGUCCUUUGUAUGGAGCAGCAGUCCCCUCCUCCUCUGCACACAGCUGGGACCAGCAGAGCAUCUCACCCAGGAGGAAGGGGCUGCAGGGGAUGAGUCUGGUGACACCUCCUGCCAGGGCACUACAUAUACCAGGACAACCACAGCAACCGCAGCUGUAUACAGGGGCACCUGGCGGAGGUGACAGCAGGGACAUCACAGGACCAUGCCAGGGACUGAGCCCACCCGGGCCGCCCACCACAGGGUUCAGAAUGUCAUGAAUGAGGAAACAGAAUAUAAGUCCUACCAUCUUGAAAACUCCAUCCAUGAGCCCAGGACAAGUAAAGGUCAGACAAGAUCCUGUGGAGGGACAUGUCAUGCCAAGGAAAUUCUGCAGAAUUUGAACAUUUACAGGCAAAGUGGAAUCUUUACAGACGUGGUUCUUCUCAUAGAAGAUCAGACGUUUCCAUGUCAUCGAGGGGUCCUGUCUGCCAAUAGUUCUUAUUUCAGAGCCAUGUUUGGGGGUAAGCUCAAGGAGAGCAAUCUCAGUGUUGUGAAGAUUGAAAAGAUUUCUGCUCGAAUUGUGGGUGUUCUACUUGACUUCAUGUACGGCGGAAGUCCUAAGAUAGAGGAAGACAACGUGGAGGACAUCUUACAGGCCUCAGAUCUCCUCCACAUCUGCAGUCUUCGAGACGAGUGCGUGAAGUUUCUGGACGGCCAACUGGACCCGUCCAACUGUGUGGGCAUCAUGAAGUUUGCCGACAUGUUCUCCAUCACCUCCUUGUCUGAGAAAAGUAAGAAGCUGAUGCUGGAAGGCUUCGAGGAAGUCUCCUGCCAUGAGGAGUUCUUGGAGUUGACUAAAGAGGAACUGACGGAGUAUUUGUCCAAUGAUGAUCUGGUGGUGAGCAAAGAAGAGAUUGUGUAUGAAGCCGUCAUGAGGUGGGUGAAGGAGAAUAAGACCAAAGGAAGAGAAGCCCUGAAGGACCUUCUGGAGCAUGUCAGGUUACCACUGAUGGAUCCGGCUUAUUUUCUGGAGAAAGUGGAAAUGGACAAGACCAUCCAAGAAUGUCCUGAGUGUUUCCCGCUCCUUCACGAGGCUCGGAGAUACCUUAUUUUGGGAAACCCAAUGAAUUCCUUCAGAGUGAGACCACGAAGGUUCAUGAAUCUGUCGGAAGCCAUUGUUAUCAUUGGUGGUUGUGAUAAAAAGGGCCUCCUAAAGCUGCCCUUUACCGAAUGUUACCACCCGAAGAGCGGGCAGUGGAUGACGCUCACCAGUAUGCCGGGUUAUACCAAGUCGGAGUUUGCAGCCACCACACUGAAGAAUAAUAUCUAUAUCUCAGGCGGUCACAUUAACAGCAAUGAUGUCUGGAUGUUCAGCACUCAGCUCAAUUCCUGGAUUAAGGUGGCCCCGCUAAGUAAGGGUCGGUGGAGACACAAGAUGGCUGUUCUUAAUGGCGAGAUUUAUGCUGUCGGUGGAUUUGACGGUCUGAAGAGGUUGUCUACGGUGGAGCGGUACAACUCCUUCACCAACACUUGGACCCCGGUGACCUCCAUGUUGGCAGCCGUGAGCUCGGCCGCGGUGGUCUCCUGUGCGAACAAGCUGUAUGUCAUUGGCGGAGCCGUGGAGGAUUAUGGGAACACAGAUAAGGUUCAGUGCUAUGACCCAGAAACCGACACAUGGACGUAUAAGACGCCGUCACCUUUCUCCCAGAGAUGCAUCAAUGCCGUAGAACUGGAUGGGGUGGUGUAUGUGGUCGGGGGUCUGCUGAGCACAAUCUUCAGCUACAACCCAAAGACGGAUGAAUGGAGUGAAGUGGCGUCUCUGCCCGGAGCUCUGGAGAGCUGCGGCGUGACGGUCUGUGGAGGAAAAAUGUACAUAUUGGGUGGAAGAGAUGAAAACGGGGAAGGGACGGAGAACGCUUUUGUGUAUGAUCCCAAAUCUGGGAAGGUGGAAACGGAGCCCCCCCUGCAGCGCUGCACUAGCUAUCACGGCUGCGUCACCAUCCUGCACCGGACUCUGUAAUUACGAAAAAAAUCUAUAAAAAAAAAACAUUGAACUACGAACUUUAUUUAAUUUUAUUUUUUAUUUCUCAAAACUGUGAAUAUAAUUUUGUUGGAUUAUGAACGCUGAGGUGGAGAUAUUUUUUGUACGUACGUCUGCCCAGCGUAUACUGUGGUGUUUUCUAUUACAGUGUUUAGAUUGUGUAUGCAGUGUGUUGUAGUGUCAGGAUGUGUAUGUUAUACUGUAAAAUAUCACAACUGUGUCAUGCUUCAGAGGUGCCAACUUUUAUAGUGCAUUCAGUGUUUUUAUACAUAAGCCCAACCCUCCAAUGUGACCCUGCCCCCAAAGAGCCCCUAUUGGCAAUGUCAGACAGAGUGGGGCUCUAAGAACGGUAGUCAGUGCCCUCAGUAUAGUGCCAAUCAUAGAGUGCCAGGUGCAUUAGUGGACAAUGCCAUAGCCGUCCCACAGACAGUGUCAUAGAGCCCCCAUGACAGUGCCAGCCAGAGAGUCCUCAUAAAUGGUUCAAGAAUAUACCCAUUAAAGGGUUACUCCGCUCCCCA